AUGGAUCUUGAAGAAGCCAAGAACAAAUGUUUAGAAGUGUUUUCAAGUGUCAAUCCAAAUGAUAUCCAAAAGUUACUGGACUUUUUAAAUAUUACUACAAAGUCAAUGUACGAUGGAGAUGGUAACAGAGUAAAAGUGGUUAAGAAGCUGAGAAGCAUCAGUAAAAAACUGCGGAAGAACGUACGGUUAUGUUUUACUUUUUAAUGUUUAGGAAAGUAAUUUUAUCUGAACGUAUUAUUUAGACAGAUAUCAGUGGGAAUCUACCUGGAGAGAAGAUACUGUGGCCUACUGAAGGAUCAUUUAGUGAUUGUGACGUCGAAUCUACAGAUCAAGUAGAUGCUUUUCUGUACGAUGAUAUAGAAUUGGACGGUUUACGGGAAAAGGGACUUUUGAAGCCAGAACAAUAUUGUGCACGUUGUAAAUCAAGUGAUAUCGUGGAAAAUAAUGUCAUAUCACAUUCGCUGAGUAUAAACGAGGUAAGGAUUUUUGGUGUUUAAAGAAAUGUUUUGGGUUUAUUUAGUAUUGUCAAAAUUAAUUGUGUUAUUUCAGUUGGAGUACCUGUUUUGUGAUUUACUUCCGCUGUAUGUUGACUUUAAUGGGAAAACCUUAAUUGAUAUCGGAUCAAGACUCGGUGCUAUUGUGUAUGCAGCUCUUCUGUUUGUGUAUGUUAACAUCUACUUUUUUAAGUUAAAAAAUAAUGUUAUUAUUAAAUCAAAAAGUAUUAUUAUAGCUAAAUGUAUAUCUUUUUUUACACCUUUUCAGUCCAGAUCUGGCCGCAGUGAAAGGAAUUGAGAUAAGCGAAGGACAUUGCAAACUCCAAAAAGACAUUCUCAAAGAUGUCGACUUCAACAACAAGGCAGAGAUCCUGGAAGGGGACUUCAGAAGUUUCUCUUACGAGCUACAGAAUGCCAAUUUGAUCACGAUGAAUAAUGUUUUUACGUUCUUUGCGUCUCCAGAAGAACAAGUAAGAUGUUGGAGAUCUCUGAAAGACAAUCUGAAAAAGGAGACUGUCAUCGUCCACAAUCAUUCCAUUGAAUACGUAACUCAACACCUUCAGCUGGACUUCCGAAUAGCUGAUUGGGUUGAAGUGGUAUGUUAAUUUUAUGUAUGUUGUUGUAGGUAGUUUUACUAAAUGAAAAUGGUGUAGGAUUUAGUACCUUAUAUACAGUUGAACAAUAAUUUUUUGUUUUCUAGUUGUACCCAACAGAAAAGACGGAAGAACUGAUGGAAGACGAAAGCGACGUUGACUACAAGUUGUUCAUAUACAUUGUUAAGUAGAUUUGUUUGUUGUUGAAUAAAUUGUUUUGUUAUAAUCUUUGAAACUAUGGUUUUUGUAAGUCAGCUUUACUGUUCAAUUUAUUGUCCUCUAUCUUGCAAACGUUUUUCGUAUAAAAUAUUUUGUUAAUCUGCGCUUGGCUCGGGCGCAUUUCGAAGUAAAAAUAAUUAUAAAAAAUAUAAAUUUUAUUUGGCGUUUUUUCCUAUCUACAUUUUUUUAGCUUUAUAACUUUUAUAUUGUUACAAUAAUGAAGCGAACUCAAACAACUUCAAGUAGAAGUGUCACAACUAAGAAGCUGAUUGUUAGUGAAUAUCGACGGAAUCUGAAGCAUAACAUACGAUCAUUGAGCGAAAACUUUACACAUAUUCUUCAAGCAUCAAAGGUAAGGUAUUUGUGAAUUUUCUAAGAAUGUUUAGGUGUCACAAGAUGAAGCUAAUGCUAAACCGUCUAAUGCAGGACUGAUGGCAGAACAUUACACUUUAGUCAAUGAAGUUGUCAGUCGGACAGCGUUGAUGGCAAGAGCGGCUGACGACCUACUGAAGCUCACUAACAGCAUCCGAGAGUUUUUGAUAUUGAGGGACUUUAACUUUAUCAGUCAGGCUGCAGAAGCGUAGGUUUAUGAAAUAUUAAAAACGAUCAAGUAUAACAAUGUUUGCUAUAAACAAUACACGUUUUUGUUUAUAUUAAUAUUGUAGUGGUCAUGAAUCUGCGAAGACCGAGUUUGAUAAAAUGUUCGAGAAAUACACAAACUUCCGCGCCGAACUCGCUAACAUUUCAGCUGAUAUUGAUAAUGAGUUAUGUGAUAAUACUGGUCUCAGAAACUAA